GCAGGAGCUGUCUCGAUGUGACGCGUUUUGCAAUCUGAGUAAUCAAAAUGGCUCGGAAAUUCUGCAUUAAACCUCCUUGACGUUGUGCUUGGAAUAGAGUUCCAUAGGUGAAGUACAAAUGAGGUAAUUGCCAGUAUUUCUAGUUGUUUUUAAGUUGUGGGUAUGCUUCAUGACGAUUUAUUAGUGGACAGUUGAAACUACGUUAUGAUGAGUGGUGAUCCCCGAGUGAAACAACCGAAAUGCGACAACUUGAAAUGUUGAUAUUAUGAUUUGUAAUGGGACGCCUGCAUAAGAGCCCACCAGGACGCAUGAAUGCCGACGCAAAUGACACCCUUCUUGCCUACCCCUUCAACAACUCGGACACAGCAGCGGCGGCAGCCCGUCCUCGCCGCAAACACCGAGACGCCAUGCUGCAAGUGGCGAGCCGCAACGCGGAUGCCACUCCCGCCGUCUCGCAGCAGCAUAAGGACAUCACCGAGGAGAAAUACCAGGACUUGCGGCGGCCGCGACAACUCCUCUUCUUCCGUAACGGCGACCGUUACUUCCGGGGCAAGAGAUUACGGAUUACGCCAAACCGUUUCCAGACGUUUGACACCCUUCUGAGCGAAUUGACGAAGCACAUGUCCCUCCCGUAUGGAGUGAGGAAAAUCUACAAUCCGGAAUCCGGAAAAUCUAUCACGGAUAUUGAGAAUUUGCUCGAUGGAGAGUCCUACGUGUGUGCUUCGUUUGAGAAGUUCAAAAAGCUGGAGUAUGGGGCUAAGCACAGUACGCCCGAUUGGAGUACGGGACAUGCAAGCAAACACAGUCAGCUACAGAGUGAUCUGUAUGGUCGGUUUAGUUACUCCUACCCCAGCACUGGCAAGUAUGCAGCAGCUUAUGCAAGGAGUCCUGCAGGAGGUUCUGACUCGCUCAAGAAGGGAGGCAGUGGACCCGUCUCCUUCUCCUUCCCUGGAGUCAAGAGGCCGCCUUUGUCUCAUCGAGAGAGAGAGCCCGUGUCUAAGUCCACCGGGUCACUUCAUCCAGACCUGAGUCCUUCCAAACCAAAGCUCUGUAAGAUCGUCAAGGCCGGACCCAAGCCGCGCCAGAGUGUCUCUCUCCUGCUGAACAAGAGGAGUGUCCAGUCCUACGAGAUGCUCGUUCAAGACAUCUCGGAUGCAUUCGGUCUUCCCAAAUACAAAAACCACAGGAUUCGGAAGCUGUAUACCGUCCAGGGAAAGGAGGUGAAGGGAGUGGCAGAUUUCUUUAGGAAUCCCGACGAUGCGUUUAUCGCAUCCGCUUCGAAACACCACUUGAGUAAGGAAGAGAUUGCUGAAAUCUACGCUGAGAACUUUCCCAGUAACCCCUAUGCCAAGGGGCAUAGGAGACGGACUAAGGGGCGGGACAGUAAGAGCGAUAGUGGUUUGGAGGAGGAUGAAGGGGGAGAGGUUCUCUCCAUGGCCAAGCCCAAGAAAGCAGGGAGGAGAUCCAAGGAUGUGGAGAAGACACCCAGAGAGGAUGGAGAUGCAGCUAGAAAGACGAAAGACGAAAUGGAGAGUGAAGACGCAGAAAAGGAAGAUGAGAUGAGACAAAAGGAGGAGGAACAGAGGCAGAAGAAAGAUGAGGCAGAGAGAGAGGAGGCAAAUCGGAAGAAAGAGGAAGAAUUGAGGUUGAAGGAAGAGGAGCUUAGAAAGAGGGAAGAGGAGCUGAAGAAACAGCUCCUGGAGGACAGACAAAAGAAAUCAGAACAGGAACGACUGGAGGCCAUUGCCAAGAAAGAGGCGGAGCUGAAAGCAAAAGAGGAGGAACUUCAACGGAAGGAGAAAGAGGAGCGAAGGAGAAGAGAGGAAGAUGCGGAGAGGAGACGGUUGGAAGAGGAAGAAGAAGAACAAAGAUUAGCGGAAUUAGAAAACAUUCAGACACCAGAUGAUGAAAUCAACAGUAUUGAUGCAAGAGAUUUCGAUUCACAGGAAGGUGUAUAUGAUAACCAUGAACUUCAUUCACCUGUGGAUAAAGUUGAAGCCAAAGGUAAUCAGAAGAAGAAACUGGACUUCACAUCGGACCCACGAGAGAUUGUGGACAAGGAUUCGAUUCUGAACAGGUACACCAUCGGCCCGAAAAUCGGCGACGGUAAUUUCGCGGAUGUCCACGAGGCUACACUCAAGAACACAGAGCAAGUGUUCGCGAUGAAGAUUGUGGACAAGUCCAAGCUCACGGGCAAGGAGCACAUGAUCGAAAACGAGAUUGGGAUCAUGAAGAACAUCAACCAUCCCAACAUCGUCAAACUCUUUGAGGAACACGAGACCAGGGAGAACAUCUACCUGGUGAUGGAGUUCAUCCGGGGAGGGGACUUGUUUGACGCCAUCACGGAGAGCGUUAAGUUCACCGAGGCGGACGCGGCUGUUAUUAUCAGCGACAUGGCCAGUGCCUUGGCUUAUCUGCACAGUCUCAACAUUGUCCAUCGAGACCUCAAACCCGAAAACCUAUUGUUUGUGAAUCGUCCGGUCAGCAAGUCUUCCUCAGGUGACAUCACCCUCAAGUUGGCUGAUUUUGGCCUGGCCAUGGAAGUCAAAGCACCCAUCUACACGGUGUGUGGGACACCCACGUAUGUCGCCCCGGAAAUACUAGCAGAAACGGGUUAUGGUCUCGAAGUCGACAUGUGGGCCACCGGUGUCAUCUGCUACAUCUUACUGUGCGGCUUCCCGCCGUUCCGCAGCUUGGACCGAGACCAAGAGGAGUUGUUUGAACUCAUCCAGGCUGGAGAGUUUGUCUACUUGUCACCUUACUGGGACAACAUCUCAGAUGAUGCCAAAGAUUUGAUUGAUCACUUAUUGGUCGUCAGUAAGAGGAAACGCUACACGGCCAAGCAGGUCUUAGCACAUCCCUGGGUGGUGAGCGGUGGGGGAACAGUGAAGGACAGCCUCCCAAAUCUCCAGCGAGAGGUCUCCAUGAACCUGGAGAAGAACUUUGAAGGACGGAAGAGUGGCAAACGGAAAGGGGUACACGCGGGAGGGGUGAGAUAAGAUGGCGGACGGACUCUAUCACUUGGAGAACUUUGAAGAACGGAAGCUUGUUAAAAGGGAAGGGGUACAUGUGGGAGGGGUAAGAUAAGACGGGGAAAGAAAUCCAUUUCUUCCAGUGUUGCCGUCACGUACACUGAAAUGAAAGCACUUGUGGUAGAUUCUUUUUAUCACGAAUCAAACCACAAGUAAGCCAAUGAUCUGUGAUGGAAGUUGCUUCAAAAUUUCAAAAGGGCAUGUCAUAACUUAGUGAUCCAUGUCAAAUCACUCUGUGAAUGUAGAAAUUGUUUACAUUUCGGACACGGAGAAGUAUUCCAAUACACUUUGUAAAAUAUCGAUCAAGAUGUAAAAAAAAAGAUUAUCAUGUCUUGCAGAAUUUCUGCCUUGCAUUCUAAAAUGCAGCUACUGUAUGUACAUUCCUCCAUGCUGCAUUUGUUUUCCAUUUUUUAGAACUCUAGCGAUCUCUUUUUGACCAUCACUUGUAUCGUCUUCCGAUUUUAAAUUCCAAUUCUCAUUUUAACUGAAAACGUGACGUUUUUAUUCAUGAAUAUAAAUAUAAAUACGAUAGUACAUACACGGUGUACAUAAUGUAGGCAACAGCCGUUUUAACUUCAUUUUAUUGAUGUACAGUUGUAGAGGUUUUUUCCAGCACGUCUUCAUGAAAUUUUUGGGGCUUUUAUAACACAGUAACUGCAGUAUUAUACAAAUAAUGAAUGUUUACGAGUGCAAUGGUAAGAAUAAUUUCAUGAGGUGACGGAAAUAAUGUUCCAUUGCACAAGGCAAAGCCCAAGUGGAAUGGAACAUUUCAUUUGUCACCGAAUUAAAUGAUUAUUUUCAUUGCACGAAUGUGAAACAUUAAUUAUUUGUUUUAUUCAACUUUUGAAUAAAUCCUCAUUGUCUGAUUGUGCAGAGCCACCAAUCAGAUGGCCUUGCUAUGGAAUUCUAUUUAUCGUGGAACAUGUGGAAUAGAACUUCUAUUUUUGCGGUGCGGCUGGGACAUGGGUUGGGACGAAUAAUUCACCGACAUGUGAUAACGAUUUACCAAUCAGGUGACGGGGAUUUAUUCAGGCGUUGAAUAAAAAUGGGUCUUGAAACAGGAUAGGUGACUGUUUCAUGGAACGAUGGUUAAACUUAUGAAAUUGCUUCAUUUCUUCCCCCAGUUAUACAUCAUAACCUUUUAUAUCAAUGUACCGCUUGAAAGUCCAGUGGUUGAAAAGACUAAAAUUCAUGAAAUAUAGUGCGCAAACCAAUUCCAAAUAGCGUUUAUCACAUUUUAAGGAAAAUAUAGUUUGUAAACAGUUGUCUAGAUUUUUGUAUAUAAAUGUAUAUUACUAUUGUACUUUGGCAACUUUUAGCUGUAAACAUAAAACAAAUCACCUUGUCAUUUUAUACUUCCGUGUCAGAUUUCUGUGUCAUUUAUUUUAAUUAUUUAAGAUGCGUUUAAGGAAUAAUUAUGAUGAGUGAAUGACUUGUACAUGUAAAAUAAUUAUCUGACUAGUCAUUAUCUCAUUAGAAAUCUGCGAAUAUAAAACAGACUUUUAAAAGUUCUGGAGGGUAAAUGAUUAGCAUGUUUUCGUUAGCUCUAGUUUUUGGUAACCGUUUAAAAUGCAGCAAUCACACUGUUCUGGAAUAAAGUAUUUAUGCCGUCAGCUGUUUGGGAAAAAUUGUGGGGUUUGGUUUAUUCAUUAACCCUGUAAAUUCAUUACAAAUCAUUUUUCCCCCCUAGUAUAGGUCUCUUUCAAAUGACAUAAUUUGCUACAGACUAGCUAUGUGCAUUGGCAACUAGAGGGCGCGUUUGGAACAUUUUCAACACUGCGCAAUGCGUGCUUUAUUGCGUAAAAUACGCAGUUGCAGUUCUGUUACAGAGAUGGCCGCCUUUGAGAGAGACCUAUAGGUUCAGUGCACUCUUACCUUGUAUUCUGGGACAAUCGACAUUCAGAAUUAUUAAUAAAUAGGAACAUGAAUCAGUAAAAUGAAA